UGAGCGACCCAGGCGGCGAGAGCUGCUAUUUCACCCUUCCUCCAGGGUCGGCUCGACAACCCAAUUGUUUUCACCCUACUUCCCCGUAAUGGAACACAUAUGCAGCCCUCUUUCACCAUCAGACAAGUUGUUUAAUCUGGCUCUUUCCAGAUCAACUCACCUUUCACUUCCACCCCUCAACACCGCCAUACUUACCUGCCCAUCCACACUCAGCAACGAUGGGUAGAGUCAAAUCAGAGCAGCCCACCGGCAAAAAGGCUCAAGCCAACGGCCGAGACCAGCGCGGUCGCGGUGGCCGUGGACGCGGACGUGUCCAGCAGGAUCGAACCCAUCGCAUUCCCGAACCCUGGUCAGCUCGUGACGAUUACGCCCUCGGACGUCUUCACUCCCCCGUCCCCGCCCCCGCCCCCGAGCCCUGGGUCUCCAUGGGAGACCUCGACAGAAACCUCCAGACGUGGAUGAGAGAGGGACAGCGGGACGAGAUUCUGUCCAGAUGGGGCCUGGGACCUGGCGAGUACGACAUUCUCGAGGACCGCGUCCUCGCUGACAUUGUGGCCAAAUGGCCCGACGCGACCGUCGCCCUGCUCUACGACAAGGCGCAGGAGGCCAAGGAGCACGUCUACCGCCACUUUGCGGGCCAGGGCAAAGUCCGCAUCAGUCUCGAGGCGAGCGACUGGCUCAAGCUUGAGGGCUUGUGGAAGCUUAUGGACAAGGCCCACAGCCACGAGGAGCGCAAGUACGUGUUCGACUACACGUACGGCCAGAUCCGCUUCUUCGACCGCGGUUUGAUGGAUAAGCAGUAUGCCUUCUACUUCAAGAAGUACGAGCACAAGCGUCCCCGCGCCCAGGACGUCGCUCCGGCUGCUGCCGCCGCCGCUGCCCCGAUCGCUGCCCGCCCGAUGUCGGUUCCCCCCGCCGCCGCUGGGACCUACCUCAUCCGAGAGCAGGCGCACAUGCCGGCGGCCUGUAUGGCGGCGCCCGGUGGUCCUCCUCCUACUGCCCAGGGUGGUGGUGGUUGCUCUACCGGCAACCACGGUCCUGGAUCCUUCGUCCCGAUGCAUUCGCAGGGACCCUGUAUGAUGGGAGGAGGAGGAGGAAUGGGCCAGCCGGUCGUCCACGGAGGUACCGCUGGACACUUCUACCCUGCGCCUCAGCAUCAUCAUCAUCAUCCUGGAGCGCAGCCGGGACCUGGCAUGGGCUAUUACUAAAUUGAUCCUAAUGUUGGAGAGAGAUCAGGCAAGCAAGCAACACUGGAUGGAUUUGA